CAUUUUGGCCCCGUUACAACAGGAGGGGGCAUCAUCAUCAUUCAGGGGUACCUCAUGUGACUGAGUGUCGGCGCUGGUAAACUGUGUCUGCAGACCCAGAACAGAAGCAGCCGCUGCAUCUGCUGCUGAUGUUGAUAAUGUUGAUGGAGGGGGUGCUUUUCUCUCAUUGUGUAAGUCUGGACGUAAAGCUACCGAGACACUAAAAGGGAAACACGCAGUCAUAGUGGUCGCAGGGUACGUUCGCGGAUUUAUCAUCGAGAUGGCUUGGAGAGGGGGGGGAACACGGUCGUUUUAUCGACAUUUAAACUGAAACUGGUGUUCCUUGAAGCCCGUGGACUCGGAGGGGGGAAAAAGGUGAUGAUGUGGAUGGUGCCAUGUGAAUGACUGAAGACCAUGAAGCCCACACACAAGCUGCUGUUCAUUCUGUGCCCCAUGCUGGUCCUGGGCUUUAUUUACUACUCCUCUGGGAAGCUCCAUCUACCUGUGUGGGGCCAGAAGUCUCAGAGAGAUGCAGAUGUGACAGCUGUAGUCCCGACUAAAGGGGCUGAAGUGAAAAGAAUUCCAGAGUUGGAAACGGACAUCCCCGUGGGACGAAUAGUAGGCUCAGUGUAUGAUAAGCAGGGCUUUCUGCUGCAGCUGGACGCGAAACUGCCACCGGAGUUGGCAUACAAGUAUGGCAACCUCAGCGAAGGAGUGUGCAAGCCAGGAUACGCAGCAGCCAAGAUGACCGCCAUCUAUCCCAAGUUCAUGAAACCAGCCCCCUUGUUUCUUGAUCGGAACUUCAAACGUUUAGCAAAAGUCAGCAAUUACUUACCUCCAUUUGGAUUCAAAACUCAAGAGAGAAUCAUAGACAGCAUUUUAACUGCCACGAAAAAUUUCGGAUUGGGAGAAGCACUGGACGGUGUCACCUGUAAAAAAUGCGUUAUUGUGGGGAACGGGGGCAUCCUGUUCAACAAGUCUCUGGGCUCCAGGAUAGAUGAAUACGAUGUUGUUGUCAGGUUAAACGAAGCACCAGUAAGCAGUUACAGAAAAGACGUAGGGACCAAAACCACCCUAAGGAUUACAUAUCCAGAGGGAGCCAUCCAGAAACCUGACAACUAUGAAACAGACUCCCUUUUUGUUUUUUCUGCUUUCAAACCACUGGACUUCAAGUGGCUCAAACACAUGGUCUUCAAGGAGAAACUGAGGGGCGUAGAGGGUUUCUGGAAGUCGGUGGCUAAUGCUGUGCCUCGGGAGUCAACAGAUUUCCGAAUCCUCAACCCUUACUUCAUCCAGGAGGCAGCCUUCCAGUUUAUAGGCCUGCCCUUCAACAACGGCCUGAUGGGCAAAGGGAACAUUCCAACUUUGGGAACAGUUGCCAUCACAAUGGCACUGCACAACUGUGACGAGGUGGCGGUGGCCGGUUUCGGCUACGACAUGAACACGCCCCACGCACCUCUGCACUACUACGAGACUGUAAAGAUGUCCGCCAUUAAAGAGUCGUGGACACACAACAUAUCCAAGGAGAAGGAGUUCCUCCGCAAGCUGGUGAAGGCCAACGUCAUUACAGACCUGACACACGGUAUCUGAGUGUAAACCCACACCACGGUCUCCUUCAGCCUUCCCUAAAGGACUACUGAACAAGCAUGGGAAACAUAUCGACUCUGUGAGAAAGGACCCUCAGAAUCUGUGUGGCCUGCACACUGUCGGGUUUUUUCAUAUCAAAGGAGAUUAUUCAUAAAUAAGAAAGAGGGACACACAGAAGGGUUUCUCUGGAAACAUGCACACAUGUGCCUUUUGAACCAAAGACUCCUGCUGGCUGAAGCAGGUGAGGGGGUGGAGGGGUACUGAAUCUGCCUGGUUCCUGUCUUCAUCAAGAGACAGUCACAGGAGAGCUCUGCCGGCCCCACACUUCAAUGUUUACCACUUCCACUCCCUCGACUAUCACGUGAAUGAGAAGUAAAAGCAGAGAUGACAUGCUGAGAAUGCAGACGUCAGGAUUUCGCUCCACUCAGUGGCUAAAUUUGAUGAAGGGACAAAAGCAAGGAAUGAAAAAGCGGAGCGUGACAGAGAGCGUGUGGGGAUGGGUGGAGUAUCAGCAGUGCCAAAUGUACCUCGUUCAGAGGGGAGGUGGUCGUCCUCUCCUUUCGUUGCCUGAAUGUAUUCACUUUCCUCAGUGUAAAUAUCAAAGAUUUUUACUGUGCUUCGAAACAAGCUGCAGCAGCCCACCAUCCCCCACCUGCCAUUUGUCCAUUCAUUCAGUCAUCUAUCUGUUUGUAUGUCCAGGGUCCAAAUUAACUCUUGCCAAGCCAGAUUACAGUCGAUUCAGCAGAGGGGAGACUUUUACAUCUAAGUGUUUCUUGGUCUGUGAGAAGACUAUCAUAUUGACUCUAUGAACUAGGAUCUGUUUGCCUGUGACGCCACACAGAGUGUUUGUACGUGUUUUCUGCUGUUUGGUCAGUUAUCUCAUGUGAGAGGUCACCAAAAAGAUGAAAAUUAAAGAUAAAAACUGAUAAAUUAUUUAAAAAGUGUUGUUGAUUACAGCUCUAAAUCAGCCUUUUUAUAAUGACUUUACAUAUCUACACUAAAAGUUUGUUGAUUAUUUAGGUAAAUCUAAAUUAUUUGAUCUUGGGACCUUUUUGAGGGAUGUUUUUUCUAGUUGAGCAGCUCUGACCUGUGAACUCUGCUUCUCUCUCUCUUUGUCUUUUUGUAAAUCCUCCCCACUCUGCUUCGUUUUCAUAUCAUGGUACUGUCUUCAUCACUUCAUCAGCACAGACAUACAGAAUACAGAAACACAUUCUGUAUGAUGGAUCCCUUUUAUCAAAAACCUUCUGUUGCUGCAGAUGUUCUUGUUCUUCAGUAAAUGGUGAGCUCUCAGAUUGUAGAAUAUGAAUAUAUAUAUAUCUAUGUUUUGAAGUCAACUUUAAUUAUUUAUUUUGUUACAAAUUCCAGAUGUUUGGUCACAGGCAGGCCUGCUUUCUCUUGCUUCUGUUGAGAUAAAAAGAAAACCGUUUGUUUUUUGUUUGACUUUACCACCACGUGCUUCCUCAGAGACUGCAUCAUCUUUCAGUUUGUGGCAGAAGAAGUGUUCUACUGUGGAUGAAUGUGUGUAACUGGCUCAGUGUUGAAUGUUAGUGUGCAGGACUUUAUUUCUGUACUUCAUGGAGCUCACUAGAACACAACACGUUCUUUUCUGACUGAUUAUUACAUUUUCUUUAAAUUUCUCAAAACUGAGAGCAUCUAUGAGGCCAUGACUUCCAUUGCACAGAUCAUAAAUUAACAUCACUCGUGCUUACUCAGCCUCUGCACUUUACAGAUGAAGAUUUUGCCCCCAAAUUAGUCUCAUUUCUUCUCAACAACAUGCUCUCAGUGUUACACAGACAAACCUCUUCAGAAACACGAUGUGAGAAUGUCAGAAUGUCACAUCAGUGUUGUUUAGUCAUGUCAUCAAGUGAAUGAGCUUUUUAAAGUCAUGGUGCAUUCAAACCCUGUUUAAACAAAGCAGGGUUCUGUUGUAUUAGUUAAUUUAAUACCCUGUCACAUGACAUUGCAGGAGAAUUUUCAGCUCUUUUCAGUUCCUACUCCUCCUUUUUGGAAGUGUAUAUUUACUGUACGAAAACACACACACACACACACACAAGAGAUGGGCUCCAUUGCUCUCAAUCAGUAAGCUGCUCUCGGUGCAUCUGUUCAGCUUUCCAUCACGUCUCCCAUUUUUACAAAUGCUCCUGCAGCGUGUGACCCAAUCCCUCUGUGUUUGAAAGACGUGAACAGAUCACUUCUGAGCAAAGGUACAGAGAACAUCUGACCAUUGCACUUUCACGAGGCACUCUCAGUGCCUUACACCUCAUCACCUGGAAACUGUAGCGAGGAGUGCGACUGCCUGGUUGACGUGAUGGCAGCUGAUGCAGUAUAGAGAUCGGCUGCAGGACGGGACCAGUCACUCCUCAUGUCUGUGAUAUGGAACCAGACUAUUCCAUCUUGUCUUAUGAUACAUUCUAUUUUAUCAAGGACGAUGACAUUAAGCUCCAUACUGGUGGUUUUUAAUGUUUGAGCCCAUAAACUACAAAUACACAGGUGUGAAGGCUGCUACAUGGAAGCUCUUUUAAACGCUGGAAAAGACUGUGUCGAUAUUUGUCCGUGGUUUUUCAGCAACAUUGCGUAUCGUUUCACUGGUUUUCGGCAGCUUACUUAACAGAGUUCAAUUUGCCUUUCAUGAAGAGCACUACUCAGUCAAUGAAAACAGAACAGGGGAGUUUCUUUCUGGAGUAUUAGAACAAGAAGGAUCUGAUGGUCUCGAGGCCUGUAUCGUAGCUGUGGACUUCAAGUCAGGAUGCUUCACUUUCUGCUGCUACAAACCUUUCCCUUUAGACCCCUGACUUUAUGGAAGUUCAGUGCCAAAUGAGUCAAGUACCUCUUCAAUGCUUGAAUGUUGGAACAUCCUUGAAUAAAAAUGGCAAGUGGGAGUCUGGAAGUCGCCCUAUGUAACUGCAACAGAUAUACCUGUCAUGCAUAGCAAAGGUUUGGACAUUUUUGAAACCAGCAGCUGUCUGUAAAGUAAAAAAUCCAUCAUAAAUCUCAUUAUACCUUUUGGAUAAUGUUCCUUAUAAAUGUUCAAUAUGUGCUAUUUGUAGUCCCAAAGGCUCAAUAUACAACACGCCAAACCACCAGUAUGGUCUUAAAAACUUGAGACUGAACAGAUCCUGAGUUGGAGGGAAACUUUGUUGUUUUUUACUUUCAAUUUCCUUCUUGGUCGUUACGAAUGCUGGAGGAGUUCAAAUGAAUUGAACCCACACUGCCUAUUCAGAUUCCCUGUUCAUUGAAACAGAAUGUAUUUGCUUUAAUCAUAAAUCAUACUUCAAAACCUUUAUUUUUUAAUUUAUCCAUUCUCAUUAUCAGCUGGAAGUGAAAGCGAUCAAAAGUGUUACUGUUUCAUUUUUUACAUACAGUCCUAAACGGCUUUCUGAGACACAAUAAAUGAGUUUGUAAUGGAUAUUUGCCUGUGCAUGUUGUUUGCAUCUUUUGACUGCUUCUGUGGAGCAGAUGGGUGUUUUUCACAGCUCGACUGUGUGUUUUCUUUUUUAUGUGUCUUUUUGUAUAUAAAUAUCUGUACACUGUGAA